AUGGGUAAUACGAAUGGACAAGUGGUAGCUGGUGGCAAAGGCAGCGGAAAACAAUUGGAUCAAUUGAAUGAUCCAACCGAUGUGCUGAUCCACAAAGAAACCGAUAGUAUCAUUAUCUGUGAUUCGGGAAAUGGACGAGUCGUACAAUGGUCUCGUCGCAGUGGCACAACUCAAGGAGAAAUCCUCAUCGACAACAUCUAUUGUUCGGGAUUGGCCAUGGAUAAUCAGAGAUAUCUCUACAUCUCUGACUAUGGAAAAAAUGAAGUAAGACGAUAUCAAAUAGGAGACAAGAAUGGAACUCUCGUGGCUGGUGGCAAUGGCCAAAGUGCUGGUCUCAAUCAACUCGACUAUCCGACCUGCAUCUUUGUCGAUCAACAACAGACUGUCUACGUGUCAGACUGGAAUAAUCAUCGUGUAAUGAAAUGGAAUAAAGGUGCAAAAGAAGGAAUUGUCGUCGCUGGAGGUCAAGGCUAUGGGAAUACUCUGACACAGCUGAAGUAUCCUAAUGGACUGUUCGUCGAUAUGUUGGGUACCAUCUAUGUGGCAGACUCGUCGAAUCAUCGAGUGAUGUGUUGGCCUAAAGAAGUGACACAAGGCACUGUCAUUGUGGGUGGAAAUGGUUACGGAGAAGGAGCAAAACAGUUCAAUUUUCCCAUUGGUUUGUCCUUCGAUCGGCAAGGCAAUCUCUAUGUUGUUGAUUAUAACAAUCAUCGUGUUCAACGAUUUUCAAUCGAAUAA